AAAAAGGAAAUUAACCAAGAAAAUAAAGAGUUCAAAAUGACAGGUUCUGGUUCCCCUUGUGGUGCCUGCAAGUUUUUGAGAAGAAAAUGUGUUAGAGGGUGUGUUUUUGCACCUUAUUUCUCACAUGAACAAGGUGCAACCCAUUUUGCAGCCAUCCACAAGGUUUUUGGUGCAAGCAAUGUGUCGAAGCUGCUUGCUCACCUCCCUGUUACUGACCGCUGUGAAGCUGCUGUCACAAUCUCAUACGAAGCUCAAGCUAGGCUUCAGGACCCCGUUUAUGGCUGUGUUUCUCAUAUCUUUGCUCUCCAACAGCAGGUUGCUAAACUAGAAGCACAACUUGCUUCUCUUACGGAGCAAGCAUCUCAAAGCAUUGUAAAUGGCUCGGUUACAUCAAACCCUAAUGAUGGAAAGCUUCCUUGUUCUCAGCUCCCAGAUGUUCAAAGUUGGUUUCACCCUGAUAAUUCAAGCCUGGCACCAAAUUUUAACCAGAGUUCAUACGGUGAAAAUGGGUUCUCGAAUCCAAACUCAUCAGGGAUCUAUUAUGAGAAUUCAAUGGUCUCAUCAGAAGAAGAUCAUAUCUCGUUUACUACUUUUGUAGAGGCUCCUCAUUCAAUGUCUUCCUCCCUUGACAUGCAAACAAAUAACAGACAAUGGAGUUUCCAGGAUGUUGAUGACCUUCAAUCAAUGGCCUUCGGGUAUGCGCAAAAUUCCAGAUGA